UUAUAUAUCGAUUUGAGAAUUGGCAACUCCUGUUGUUGAGGGGAUAGAAGCCUUUUGUCAAUUGUUUUUGAAAGGGUAUAUUAAAAUAAAAUUUUAGAUGAAAACAACUUAUUUACACUCUUGUUUUAUGACUUCACAACAAAUGCUAAAGCUUAAAUGGACUACUUAGUUUCAUCUUUUAACAGUAUGAACUCUCAACUUUAUCCUUGAUUUCACUAUGUGGAACUUAUGACUAACCCAAAGAAUCGUGGUAUAUGCCGUAUCGAUAGCGGUUUCGUACCUAACUAGGUUGCCUAGUUAGGAAACAUUAUUUAAUUCCAAUAGUGCAAGAUUUAUAAAAAAUGCAGAAGCUAGAUUCACGAGAAGACCAAAUAAAUCAAAAGGCUAAAAAGUCCGACCAGUUUUAUGCAAGAAAAUGGACGACAUCACAAAAUUCCGAAAGGAGUACACAAUCCUCCGGUUUAUUAAUGGUUGGACCGAAUUUUAAAGUUGGAAAGAAAAUUGGGUGCGGAAAUUUCGGAGAACUUAGACUUGGAAAAAAUUUAUACAACAAUGAACAUGUUGCUAUAAAACUCGAAUCCAUGAAAUCAAAAGCACCUCAGCUACACUUAGAAUAUAGGUUUUAUAAAUUACUUGGUAACCAAGAGGGUAUACCCAAAGUGUUUUAUUUUGGGCCAUGUGGCAAAUACAAUGCACUUGUGAUGGAGCUGCUUGGUCCCAGCCUUGAAGAUUUGUUUGAUUUAUGUGAUCGAAAAUUUAGUCUCAAAACAGUUCUUAUGAUAGCUAUUCAAUUGCUUCACCGUGUUGAAUAUGUUCAUUCCAAACACUUAAUUUACCGAGAUGUAAAGCCUGAAAAUUUCUUAAUAGGAAGGCAGUCAACUAAAAAACAUAACAUUAUCCAUAUAAUCGAUUUUGGUUUAGCUAAAGAAUAUAUAGACCCUGAAACCAAUAAGCACAUACCUUAUAGGGAACAUAAAAGUCUUACUGGCACAGCUAGGUAUAUGAGCAUCAACACUCACUUAGGAAAAGAGCAAAGUCGUAGAGAUGAUUUAGAAGCUCUAGGACACAUGUUCAUGUAUUUCCUUCGUGGCAGUCUACCUUGGCAAGGUCUCAAAGCAGACACUCUCAAAGAAAGAUACCAAAAAAUAGGAGAUACGAAAAGAGCUACGCCUAUUGAAAAUCUAUGUGAAGGUUAUCCAGAUGAAAUGUCUACUUACUUGCAUUAUGUAAGGAGACUGGAUUUCUUUGAAACUCCAGACUAUGACUAUUUAAGAAAAUUAUUCCAAGAUCUCUUUGAUAAGAAGAAAUAUGUUGAUGAUGCGGAAUUUGAUUGGACAGGAAAACAACUGCCCCAAAAUUUCCUGCAGUUGCAGCAGUUGCGUAAUGCCCCACCAUCUGAUAUAUCAGGGAAGUCCACUCCUGUAGGGUCUAUGCAGACUGCCCAGGAAGUGCUAGUGUCGCCCAACCGGGAGAGGCACAUAACUUCUGAUUCUAGGAACAAGAGGCCACGCCAGUUCGGUUCAGUUAUUUUAGUUGAUCAUUCAAAGCCACCUGAGAUGAAUGUUCUGAGCAGCAACUUGGCUCCGAAUGAUCGCCAUGAUUCCGUCCAAGUCGUCAGCUCCACAUAUAGUGAACUUGCUCCUGACAACCCAGGACACUCAAACACACCUAUUGCAAUACCUACUGAAGUCGAAGUCGUCUCUGAAACAAAAUGUUGUUGCUUUUUCAAAAGAAAGAAAAAGAAGCCAAGCCGCCAGAAAUGACUCGCAGUCACUUGUAGUCCUGAGCAAGAAGUUGUGUUACUGCACACUUCCCCAUCAGAUUCCAAGGAGAGUCUGAGCGUAAGAACUGCUACCGUCUGACUUCUUCACUGCAUGGUUUUUUUUUUCUUGGCCGAUCAUCACUUAUAUCCCUUCCCCCCCUCCAUGUUCUACUACGUAAAUCGGCUACACACAAGCUGUGAUUAACUUUUAUUUUCCUUGUGAGAAAGAGAGAGAGAGAGAUGAGAAGAAAAUAAAAAUUCUUUAAAGAAAUUAUAAUAAAUGUCAACCUCUCCUUGUUCUCUUGUGGACGAUAUUCAAUUGCGCAGUACUUGUGUUUAGAUUUGAUACUAACAGAAUUUACCAAAGUAUAUAGCCUGUUUGGAGAAGGAGAAAGAAGCCUCUAGUUUUUAUUUUUAACUCUUAUUCUAACCCCCCUAUCCCUUUUCUUCGUACGAAAUUUUUACACGAGUAUUAUUGAAAAUUUAACUAGAAAGUUUUUAGAUCUUUCUUCUUAUGAACGAGAGGAAUAUUACGAAGAAACAACAAAAAAAGAAAGCUGGUCUUUUCAUCCUUCUCACAUGCAGGCUGCUAUAUAGUCAAAUUGCAACAUGAAUAGUCAUCAGCCUGUUUAACAUCACAUCGAAAUGCAUAUUUCAAUUAUAAUUACAUAGUGCAGGGGUGCCAACUGUUAUUGUAAAUGUAGGGUCCAAAACAAGGAAAAGUCUCAUUUCCCGAUUUGUAUCUGCAUAUUUUUUAAAUGACGCUGUAUUUUAAGAUUCUUAAAAUCCUUCAGAAGCUCUAAUUCAUAAAAUUAGCUGUUAAAAAUCAGUUCUUUUGAAUUUUUCGCUCUUGAUUAUUUACCCUUUAGACAUAAUUUAUUUUUGCUUUGAACUUGAAACUUGAGUUGUUUUCUCCAUAGACUUUCAUGUUUUUACUUUCAGCGGCUUAUAAGCUGCUUUUGUAAAACUUUUAAUAUUAUUAAGAGUGAGAGGUCUUAAAUUUUUUACAAAAUGUCAUUUGUUACUUUAUUUCUCUUCAUUUCAAUUAAAACCCUGUAUUUUCUGGUAAAUUUUAUUUAUUUUUUAUGAGCGUUCUAAAAAUUUUCGGGAUUCAAUAAUUAAUAUUUAUUAAAUUGAUGAAAGAAUGAAAUAGGCAAAUUAUUUUUUGUACUAUUUGAGCCGCGAGUUGGAGCAUAAUUUCGCCUUUAAUUUGUGCUGUAUUCUGUCAUUCUAAUUGUUUAAAAAAAAUUUUCUUUUUUGAAAAUUUUAGUAACCCAUAGAUUAGUCUAAAAUUUUUAUUUUAACUGUUUUUUUUUUAAAUAGUUUUUAUACAUUUUAUUUCAAAUAUUAAUUUUAACUGUUGAGUUUAUGUAAUAUAAAUUUAAGUUAAUAAUUUAAAGUUCUGUUCUUAAGCAAUGUGUUAACCACUUUAUAAAAUGUUUUGUAGUAAAGAAACUUGUUCCCUUUCUAGACCGAUUGAUUUCUAUACCUACAAAUAGGCAAAACCUCUGCUCAUUUAGUUUCCUAAAAAAUGUGACUUAUGCCCUUUCUGAAUUAAAUGACCUUUUGUUUCAUUUUAAUCACAUAAGCUUUGAUUGUUGGUAUUCAUACCUAUUUUUUUAAAUGAGUUAAGUCUUUAAAUUCUUCAACUGUCAGUUGGCAUCCCUGUAUUUUAAUUAUAAUUAAUUAGUACUUCUUGGGUACAUGGUGGGUAGAGUUUUCUGCAUAUAAUAGCUUAAUUAUAUUUUUGAACUUGUAAAUUAGAUUAAACACUUGAUUAUUAUUAUUAUUUUUUUUCCAAAUAUAUUAGUCUUUUUCUUGCCAAAAUCUGCAAAUAUAUUCAUAACUUUAGGGGAAAAAAAUUAGACUAGGCAAUCAUAUCUUCAGAUUCCCGUCAGAUUUGAUGGCAGCGUACUUGAUAUAUAUAUAUUUUAACUCUUAUUAAAUUCAUAUUUAAUGAAGCAUUAAUAAGAUGGCUUAACUUGUACAUUUACCAUUCAGAGAGCUGUCAGAAUAAUAAUAUUAAUGCACAUAUGAUUUGUGUCAUUUUUUUCCCUUUUUUUUUAACUUCCUUUUUCGGUACCUGGAAUUCGGGAAUUUAAAGCCUCUUCAGUGUUACUCAAAAUGUUGUUGUAUACAGUAAAUAAAUUUAUAUAUAUAAGAAAAUAAUUCUCAGACCAGCAUCUGCUAUGACCUGGCGUAAUUUUUUCUCUGUGUAAAUAGAAUGCUACAUUAUUUCUUCUUUUUUUUCAAACUCUUUUUUCUUAAAUAUUUAUUAUUUUCAUUGUGAGGUGAGUAAAGAUUCAGAUUUAUGAUUUUUCUAAGACACUCUUGCUAAGUUUUUUUUUUCUGGCUGCAUUGAAAUAUUUGAAGCAUUCGGUGUUGAACGAAUGUUUAAGUACAUAAUUAAAUUCUUGUAUGAAAAGUGGCUUUUGUUUUUAAGGGUUUAACCUAAAUUUCCUUAGAAUUUUAAAUUUGUGUGAUUCAAAAUAUUGUAUUUUUUUAUAUUCUUUUAUUUAAAAAUGUUGUGAACUUUGACCAAUAAAAUGUAAUAACACUACUCUUUUAUAUCUGUAUCAAAAGAUAUGUUAAGAUCCACCAGGGGUUACUUAUUUAAAAAUAUUUGUUUUUAUUGUUGGCAAUAUUCUAAAAACUUGAAUUUGUCAAUUGCUUAGGUGGCAGUAGAUAACUGACUUAUGUGAUGAAACUAUAUUCAUGAAUGAACAUGUUUCUUGAAUUUGGAGUAACAAUAUUAUGCUUUUUAAAAAUGCUUAUACAUUUUGUUCUCAAUAAAAUCCAAGUUCCUAA